AUGACAGAGUUGGACUCGCUUCCAGAAGAUGAGCGCUCGGUGGAGUUAUCAUCCAUUGCUGCCAUCUACCCCGAGAUCAAGAUAGAUCCGUCCUCGCCAUUCAAAGCAUCCCUCACCCUACCGGUUAAGCCAUCUGCUCCCCUGCGUGUCUGCUUCCAGCAACAAUCCGAGACAGAGUUCCCCGCCGUACUAACUCCUCCCACGUCGGUUGAUGCCAACGAUCCUGGCUUUCCUUUCAAGACAGGUGACCAUAACUCCGCUAGCCUCAAUCGCGAUAGUCAUACACUCUCACAUCUUCCUCCCAUCUGCCUCGAAAUCGAGCUGCCCCAAGGUUACCCUUCCGAAGAACCGCCCAUUUUCAGGCUUGAAACAAACCCUCCGUGGUUGCCACCUUCUAUAUUGUCAGGUCUUUUGGAUGACGGAAAACGUCUUUGGGAGGAAUGUGGCAAGGACCUCGUGGUAUACACAUAUAUUGACCAUCUUCAGCAACUUGGGGAGUCAGCUUUUGGGGUUGGCGACAUAUCCGGUGGCGAAGUUCAACUUCCCCGUGAGUUAAAGAUCGCAUUGCUAGACUUCAACAACAAAGCCGAACGGGAAAGGUUCGAGGAGGAGACCUUUGAGUGUGGAGUCUGUCUCGAACCCAAGAAGGGCACGAUUUGCCACCGACUCGUACUUUGUGGGCAUAUCUUCUGCGUGCCUUGUCUCCAAGACUUCUACAACUCUUGUAUAACGGAAGGCGACGUCGAAGGUGUCAAGUGUUUGGCUCCUGGUUGUGAUCGAACCCUGAGCCCCAGCGAGCUUCUUCAGAUCCCGUUAGAACAAGAGACAGUGCAGCGUUACGUUUUCCUGAAACGGAAGAAGAAGCUCGAGGCGGACAAGUCGACUGUGUAUUGCCCACGGCAGUGGUGGGAGGAGGCUCAGCUACCACCAAUGUCCGAGCGCGUCGCCAUCUGCGAAGAUUGCAACUAUGCCUUCUGUUGUGUUUGCAAGAAGGGCUGGCAUGGCGAACUCGUACGGUGCUUCCCUCGCCGCGAAGCAGAGCUCUCGGCCGAGGAGAAAGCAACGGAGGAGUAUCUGCGUAUGUACACCUCGGCAUGUCCGACAUGCGAUGCUCCAUGCCAGAAGCAAAUGGGUUGCAAUCAUAUGAUAUGUUUCAAAUGCGACACCCACUUCUGCUAUCUCUGCUCUAGUUGGCUCUGCGAAGACAACCCUUACCGCCAUUUCAACGACAUCAACAGUGGAUGUUUCAAUCGACUGUGGGAUCUGGAAGGUGGCGAUGGGAUCAAUCCCGAUGGAGCCGCAGCCUUGCAUCGUGUACCCGACGAACUGCUGGACUUCGACGAUGGCAGCGAUGACGAGGACCUCGUUGCUUGGGAACUCGGCAGACGACCUCCACCUCCUGCUCCGGUCCCUCCAAGAGUCAACAACGGCGCAGCUGGAGGUAAUCGCCAUCGUGGGAACAACGCCAAUGAUCUCGACGCCGCAGGUCGAGCAGCCGCAGCUGAAAGACAAGCUCAAGCACGAGCAAUGGCCGAGGUCCGCCGUCGUCCAGAUGGCGAGCCUCCCCAAGUCAGACGCCCGGGACUCCAGAGGUUUCUGGACCUGGUCCUGAAUGACCGGGAAGACGAAUGGGACAGUGACGAGCUAGAUGAUGAUUUCUAG